AUGGAGUCUGCCAAGUCCGACGGCCGCAUCAUUUCGGGCCAGCUCUUCACUGCUUUUGAUGAAGAGACCAAGGGCACACGACCCAGUGAAAGAUACUAUGGAAUCUUGACGUCGAAAGGGGAGGUCAAGACUGAAUAUUCUUGCGUUAGCAACGCCACAGAGCCUUCGCAAGCGUGGCUGGAGGAGCUGUAUCCUGACUGCGAAAGUGACUUGGACUGGAUGGUCAAGAACUUCGACAAUCCAUACUUGCAGGAGAAAUUUGCUAACAGGGACAUGGAUGGUUCGCUGUGCUCCUUCCAGCAGUACCUAUAUGACCGCUGGGCAACUUGCCCCCCUGUUGCACGAAUUCCUGGCGACUUUGUGCCAGUGGAGUCGCAUGUGGUCUAUGCGAAGAAGGCUGCGCAGACAAAGUGCUGGAGCCAACGGUUGGCAGACAAGUAUUCAGACCGUGGCGCCAUCAGCAAGCCAAAUGUUUCGCACCUUACGGAUCGCAAGGCGCCUUCUAGCCACAGCACCCGAAAGGGUGGCAGCGUGGUCUCCUCCGAAGUCACGCCUCUGCCUGAUCGCUUUGCGGCGAAGGAGCCAACACCUAUAGCACACAAGGUCCCGAGGACGCUUCAGAUCUAUUGGAUCAAUUUGGACUCUUCGAACGAUCGCCGUGCUGCAAUGGAGAACAUGUUCGCAAAGCUUGGUGAAACCAAGCCGCCGACACUAACUCUACAGGUGACUCGUGUGCCUGCAGUGACUACGUACGAUGUCAAGGCCAUGCAAGCCAAUGGCACGCUUGCCGUGGAAGCCAUGCUGAUCGAUGCAUGCUCAGAGGCAUGCCCAGAACAUCAUGCCAGGGGAGAGCUGCUCUACACCGAGCUAGCCUGCAGCCUCUCGCACUUGAGAGCGAUUGAGCUUGCAGUGAGCCAAGGAAACCCACCACUAGCUCUCAUCAUGGAGGAUGAUGUGGAGAUUUACCCGGAGUUUGGAACUGACUUAGAGAAGUUGCUCGAACAGGCGCCAGCCGGCUGGUCGGCUUUGCAGAUGUCCACCGUCAACACGAAGGCCAUCUUGCAACUGGCAAGUUCAGCAACGGUCUUCCAACCUCGGGAAACACACUUUUAUGGGACUGGGUCCUACAUAAUUGCUCAGUCAGCAAUGGAGCGGCUUAGGGACCGCUAUGCAACUCGCCAUUUUGCGAGAAAGCCAUGGCUCCCUGGAGCUGGAUCACUCCAGGCGGAGGGAAUUCUUUUCGGCGCGCUUGUUGAAGGCACAGUGUACACCAGCACGCACUUUUACUUCAACGUGAUGGAGUUCCCGACUACUGUCCACGUGAUGUCCAACUCAUCUGAGUGGUACGCAGUCUCAAGUGUUGCGUGGCAGACCAACUUCAUGCAGCGCCAUCGCGGGCGGUUGCUUCCGACCAAUCCUGCUUUUGGCACCCCGGAAAGACUUUUGAAGUCUUCUUUCCUGGCCAUGACAACGCUAGUCUGUCGCAACAACACCGGCUUUGAUGGUGAGAGUCGAUCCAUUGCUGCGUCUAUCCGUGCUUUGACGCCCUACAACUUCACCUGGGCGGUAUACGUCAUCAUAGCUGAUGCCUCGGAAGACGGCAACUGUCCCGGCCUAGAGAGCUUCCUGGAGCUGCGGCGGCCAAACGUGCGAAUGUUCUAUCGAGUCUCCCCUGGCAGAUUCUCGAAGUGGGUGUACUACACGGAAGACGUAGAGCAGUUCGCGAACUACGAUUACCUGAUGGUCUUUGAUGCAGACAUGGGUCUAUCAACCUUUCCGUGGGCAGAGUAUUUCCGGCGCUAUGAAGACUAUGCCUCAAAGUGGGGAUUUGCACCAGUCACUGGAUCCGUGCGGAAUCGCUCGCCUUUCUAUCCACUCAAAGCUGACUGGUGGACGCGCUGCAAUAGGAACAGGAUCCGAUUCAUUGAGACGGACUUGGUUGAACAGUGGUUCGCAAUGCUUAGUGGAAAUUUUGCGACCUGGUAUCUCCGCAGAGUCGUGGAUACUGGCAUCAUCAUGGAGCAGAGAACGUUGGGAGUUGACUGGGGUGUGGACUCCACCUGGUGUGGCGCUGCUGCUGAGUGGGCCAAUCGGGAGGCCGGCUGCUUGCUUAUCCCCAUCGACAUGUACCACGGCGACACAAGAAGUUUGCACCAGGAUAUCGUUUUCCAUCAGAACGGAGAGCACUUGACAAACUUGUGGUGGGAAAGGUUGCCUGCAUGGAUGCGGGUGUCACAGGUGUGGCUGGGAUCUUUUUUCCAGGAUCAUAUGCUUGGAUGCUCCCCGUGUGGUUUAGAAGAACGCUAUCAUAUGCCUAUCGAUUUGCGUUCCAUCGUCCCGGUGGUGCCAACGAACCUGCCGGACAACAUCAGCCAUCACAACGUGCAAGCUUUGGACUCUGCAUCUGGAUCUGCUUACACCACGCAGCUCGACCGCAAGGGAAUUGUUGAGGAUAGGAUCGUGGACUCCGGAAAGUGCCUACCUGUCCAGCCAGUUAGUGAGCCCUAG